ACCCAACCACUUUUGACACCUGUCAAGGAACGAUCAGCAGAUGACCUGCCUCUAUUGGAUCCGAGCUGAAAGGAACAUAUGGCGCUCUCGGACCUCUUAGCGCUGCGCUUUGGUGUCGGGUGGAUCAUUGAAUUCAUGCAGUGCUUGAGCUAAAGUGCCCGGUCAUCGGCUCCCAUGGUGACAGCUUGUCAUCGCAAGGGAGAUUGGCAUGCGCAUUGCCUUGCAUGUCUCACGCAGCGGCAGCCGUUCUGUUACAGUCAAGUCUUGCAUGCACCCGUUGGUGAUAUAAGAUGGAAAAGGAGAGCCAAGGCCCUAAGAUCUCUGCUCUUUUCCAUUGUCGCGGCCUCCGCUCACGCGUUUCCUACCCUGUGGAGGUGGCUUGGCGGCCUAAAUGGGGAAGAUGCUAACGCAGCGUAUAACUCUACUGAUGGCGGUUCACUCCGCAUUCGUCGGCAUUUUUCCACACUCCCAUUCCACUUGACGCGGCUGAGGUGUACAGUAAGGGUUGGCAAGUCGAGUUCUACUGGAGGAGGGUGUAUUGGUGCAAUAUGCGGAAUGGGUACAACAUACAUGUACAGUGGGAUCAAGUGGUUUGCUUAGGAAGGUGUACAUAAUGGUGAACAGAGGCAGAGCCGUCCAUGACCAGGGUCUGUUCCACACAAAUUCAAGAACCUCGAUAUUCUAGAUAGCCAGCAACUGGUUCAGCCCUAGCUUCUUCACUUUCUUCAAAGCCGCCCGCCUACUAGGAUCCCUGAUGUCUCGCCUCAGUUCUUGGAGACUCUUGAACAACACUUCUCUAAUUGCCUCAAGCCCCGAUUUCCUAACCUGAAGAUAAUCGAGUAUAUUGAUGUGCACCGAGGAUUUGAGAAGUGAUUUUGCCUGAGUGAAGGAGGCUGGGAGCUUCGAUGGAUCCUGAACAGCACCCGUUUCAACAAGGAGAGCUUGAGCAAUUUUCAGGUUUUGCUGCGUAUUACGGGGAGGUGGAUUGGGACAGGAAGCUGCGGCAAUAUGA